AUGGCUGGCACUACCAUGGCUGGCACUACCAUGGCUGGCACUACCAUGGCUGGCACUACCAUGGCUGGCACUACCAUGGCUGGCACUACCAUGGCUGGCACUACCAUGACUGGCACUACCAUGGCUGGCACUACCAUGGCUGGCACUACCAUGGCUGGCACUACCAUGGCUGGCACUACCAUGGCUGGCACUACCAUGGCUGGCACUACCAUGGCUGGCACUACCAUGGCUGGCACUACCAUGGCUGGCACUACCAUGGCUGGCACUACCAUGGCUGGCACUACCAUGGCUGGCACUACCAUGGCUGGCACUACCAUGGCUGGCACUACCAUGGCUGGCACUACCAUGGCUGGCACUACCAUGGCUGGCACUACCAUGGCUGGCACUACCAUGGCUGGCACUACCAUGGCUGGCACUACCAUGGCUGGCACUACCAUGGCUGGCACUACCAUGGCUGGCACUACCAUGGCUGGCACUACCAUGGCUGGCACACAGCGGCACACCAGAGCACACCAGACGGCACACCAACGCACACCAACACCAACGGCACACCAACGCACACCAGACGCACACCAACGCACUACCAUGACUGGCACUACCAUGACUGGCACUACCAUACUGGCACCCACCCACUACCAUGACCGGCACUACCACGACUGGCACUACCAACUGCACUACCAUACUGGCACUACCAUGACUGCACUACCAUACUGCACUACCAUGACUGGCACUACCAUGACUGGCACUACCAUGACUGGCACUACCAUGACUGGCACUACCAUGACUGGCACUACCAUGACUGGCACUACCAUGACUGGCACUACCAUGACUGGCACUACCAUGACUGGCACUAUCAUAGCUACCAUAUGA